AUGAGGAACCCGAUCGUCCAGCUGCAGAUGGCCGUCGGCUUCCGACACUGCGGGGUGUGUUCGUUGGGUUCCGUGGUGAAGGGUUCCGUGGUGAAGUCGGGUCUAUUCGAUAUCACUGAAUGUAGUCUGGCUGAGACUUCUCGCGCCUCGGAGUCCGAAGGCCGGGAUCCAAGCAUACCCGUGGCACAGAGUACCAGUACUAGUACUAUCGUGGACCUGGCGAGGAAAAUCACCGCUGCAGCAGAAGUGAUCGAUGGAGUCACGUCUGAGAAUAACUUCAUUCUCUCCUUCGACGCCGACUCUCCUGACCCUUCAAGUCUCACCGGCGAGAAUGCACAAACGUACCAGCAAGCCCGCGUGGCCGUCCUCGAAGCAGCAAACGAGAUGAACGCUUUACUAUCUGGCCACAGCGGUGUCGUCUUCGAUCUCUGCACUUAUGUCCACGUUGCCUCGACCCUGCGCACAAUCCUAACAUUCAACCUCGCCUCCUCAAUCCCUGUAACGGGCAGUACACCCUACGACGCCAUAGCCAAAGAAACAGAUAAUCUCGACAAGAAAACAAUCCAACGCCUCUUCGCCAUCCUAACAGACCACCACAUCUUCAGCCAACCCUCGCCCGGCCACGUCUCACACACCCGCCUUUCCAAAGCCAUGCUCACGAACCCCGGUCUCGCAGCGAUAACCAAAUUCAGCUUCGAAGAGUUGUACGGAUUCUCGUACCACCUCACAGAGGCGUUAAAGAAGUGGGGGUCCAGCGAGGAGCCCAACGAGACGGGGUUCAAUGCCGCAACGGGCAGCGCGUCGACGCUGUAUGCCUAUAUCGACGAGAAUCGGGACAAGGCCAGCCCGAGCGCGUUUACGGCUGUGUUGGAGCAGACCGGGUCGUAUGAGUUUGCGGCUACGGAUGGGGUUGUCGAGGCGGUGGAUUGGGAGGGGUUGGGGGAGGGGGUUUUUGUUGAUGUCGCUGGGUCUGUUGGCCAUGUCAGUAUCGAACUUGCCAAACGGUAUCCGCAUCUGCAGUUUAUAGUGCAGGACUACGGGUCCGUUAUUCAACGAGGAGAGGCUGCACUGCCUGCUGAACUGCAGAACCGGGUCCGCUUCGAAGCAAAAGACAUGUUCGAGGAGCAGAAAGUCAUCCCGGACAAGAAGGUCGUCUACUUCCUGCGGGCGAUCCUGCACAACUGGAGCGACAAGUACGCCCGCCGCAUCCUGCAGGCGAUUGUGCCGGCGUUGAAGCCUGGGGAUCGCAUUGUGGUGAACGAGCAGAUUGUCACGGAUGGGAUGGGGUCGCUGCUUGAGCGGAUGGUGAGACUCAACGACAUGAACAUGUGGGCUGCGUUUAAUGGCCAGGAGCGGACAGCAGAGCAGUUCGAGCAGCUGGUCAGGACGGUGCAUCCAGGGCUGAGGAUUGUGCGGAUCAGCAGCUCGACGCUGGGAACGGGGGUUAUCGAGAUUGAAUUGCAUAGUUGA